AUGAAGAGAAAAGCAUCAUUAUGGGAAGAGUUAAUCGUUCGUCAUCAAGAAGAUGCAAAAUUUCGAUCUCGAACAUGUAGUAUUUUCAAUGUAAAUUCCAAUUAUCAUGGUGAACCAGAUAAAUUAUGUCCUUGUGACCGUAUGGUUCGUCGUCAUAGUCUCGUCGGUGAAUGUUUACAAUCCAAAGCAGCAGCAAAUGGAAGUACUUCAUGGGAGCCACCAACAAAAUUUCUUGAUAAUACAACACAUUCCACCAAAGUGCCGAUUAAUAUUUACGGAACAUUGCAAUCCGAUGGAUGUAAAUUCGUUCGUAUCGAUAGUCGUGUGCCAAUCAAAAAUAUAUUCCAAUUAAUUCUUGAAGAUUGUGGAAAUCAUAAACCUGCUUUGAUUAUUAGUGUUUAUGGUGGAGCAAAAUAUUUUACCAUGCCGGAACGAUUGGAAAGAGAAUUUAUCCGUGGUGUUAUGGACGCUGCUACCAUGGCUGAUGCAUGGAUCUUAACAGCAGGAGUUAAUAAUGGUGUAUCAAAAUUAGUUGGUGAGGGUAUUUCGCAUUAUCGUUUAUUGGAAGAAGAUUUAAAUAGAAUCAAAUGUAUUGGAAUGACUAUGUGGGGUACAGUUAGUGAAAAUACUCGCCUUGAACUUAAAACUGCGUCGAAAGGUUCGCCGCGACCAUUAUGUCAAAGACAAAUACCGGAAAUUGCUCAAGAAGAUAAAGAAACAAUAGAAUUAAAUCAUACGCAUUGUAUUUUAUUCGACAGUGGCCGGUUAAACGAAUAUCUUAGUGAUUCACAACGACACCAAUUUGUCACUGAAGCAUGUCAAGAUGAAAACGAUAAUCAUACCUGUUAUCCAGUGACAAUCAUUGUCGAAGGUGGUCUAGGGACUCUCGAAGUUCUUGAAAGUGAUAUUAUCGGAGAGCGGCCUAUCGUCUUAAUUCAAGGUAGCGGCCGGUUAGCUGAUGUACUUGCUGCUCUAGUUGAUCAAACAUCCAAUCCUGAUCGAACACAAGAUUGGAAUCCAUCGAAACAAGAGAUUGAACAAGCGCUCGAUCGACUUUAUCCGAAUAUUCCUUAUUCAGAAGUCUCGUCCGCAAUCAAACGAAUUCAAAACAUUUUGAAAGAAGAACAUCGUCAUCUGUUACAUGUUUUCUCGUUGGAUCGAGAUAAAAAUGUGGCGGAAACGAUUUUCAAAGCAAUAUUCAAAGCAAAAAACAAGAAAAGUGUGAACAAAGAUAAGGAUAAUGAAACGGAACUGCUCGAACAAGAAAAACAGCGACGAAAUAACGAAGAUAAGUUGGUUGAUCUUGCACUUGAAUGGAACUAUUUCGGCGGUGUGUUACCAAUCCUCCAAGCACGACAAGGAGAAAUGGUCAAGAAGAAACACGAUCUUAUGACGGCUGAUAUAGCACGGCAAAAGAUGUUAUUUUUAAAAUCUUUGGAAAAAAAUCGUCCAACAUUUAUCGAAUAUUUUCUCAGUGCAGGUUUUGAUCCGUUGACACUAGCCGAGAAAGAUGAUACUUAUCGUUAUCAAGAAACAAUUCUCAAAUUAUACAACAAAAGCUAUGAAGUUAUGAACACAAGUCAUAAAAAUCGCGUUUUGACCGUAUUUGGCUCGUUUCCGCUUGAAUCCAUCAAACAACUCGAUUACAAAUUAAACAAACUCGUUGGUUCAUUUUUCGGUUCAAUUUAUUCAACUCGAGAUGACAGUUUUAGCAAUCGAAUUAAAAUCGAUCUAAGCAAUCGUAUCUGCACAUGUUGCGGUUCAUACGAAGACAUACAUGAUCUACGACCCAUGCAUAUACAAGAUCAAAUUAAACUAUUUCAGAGUAAAUAUACUAAACAUCACAUGUUACGUGAUCUUUUCCUUUGGGCGGUCUUUAUGGACAUGCCUGAGAUGGCAAAAGUUCUACUUCUCCAUGUUCGAUCUCGUAUCUGUGCUACAUUGAUCGCAUCGUCGAUAUUCAAAGAAUAUGCCAAUUCAUCGCAUUCGGUGGAUUUAACUGAAAAAUUUCGUAUGCAAGCAUUGGAUUUUGAAACCUACGCAGCAACGGUAUUGGAUCAAUGCUAUGAAUAUAAUGAUGCACGUGCAUGUGAAUUACUUCUGCGGCAAAUACCAUUGUUUGGAAAUGUAACAUGCAUGCAGGUGGCGAUUUCCAGUGAAAGUGGAAAAUUACUUGAAACAGCAUGUUUUGAUCAAACAUUGAAUCAUGUUUGGUUUGAUAAACUUGGUUUGACGAAUCGUCAAGCGUCGGCACGGUUAUCACAGGUACCAUCGGUGUUGAGCCUGGGUUUUCUUGCGCCGUGGUUAAUGACUUAUCGGAAAGAAGAAAAAUAUUCAACAACUGAAAAACAAAAUGAAGAAUUGUCCCAAGAAGGUAUUAACUAUUACACAGAUGAACUCAAAUUAGAAGAACAAUGUUCACAUUAUUGGAUACGUUUCCGAUAUUUUCAUAGUAGUCCAAUGAUAAAGAUGCUCUAUCAUUUUCUAAGCUACAUUUGGUUUCUUCUUGUGUUCAGUUACAUGAUGCUUUUUCAUCUUGAAAGUCGAAGUACAGCACGAAUUCCUCAUUGGACAGAAAUCUAUGUGAUUAUCACUGUUUCGACGAUGUUUUUUGAAGAAGCUCGCAAGAUUUAUUAUGAAUACGAUGCACGUAUGAUUGAACGAUGGGGUUCGACAGGAUCAACGAUCUUGACUGUAUUAACAAAUGUAUUUUAUAUUACACCAUAUUUUCUCUUCUAUGCGGGUCUUGGUUUUCGCUAUGCAAGUUAUAAUGAUAAUCUAUUACCUACUGUUAGAAUUAUUUGGGGACUUGAUCUCGAAAUGUGGUAUAUUCGGUCGUUGAAAUUCGUUAUGGCUUUAAAAUUCUUAGGACCCAAAUUGUUUAUGCUGAAAAACAUGCUUCGAGAUCUAUUUGCUUUUGUUUACAUGAUUUUCAUAGCUAUUGCUGCUUAUGGAGUUGUCUCGCGAGCAUUAGUCUUUCGAGAUAAAGUUCAGUUCACUGGUCGUGGAAUCUUCAGUAGUAUCUUUUAUGAACCGUAUUGGUUCAUUUACGGUGCCGUUUCGGAUAAAGAAUACCUUGAUAAUCUGACAAAUUCGGACGCUGGACAGGAAUAUGCCGAAGCAGCAGCAACACAUGUUUUAUUAGCGUUUCAUAUGCUGUUUAUUAAUAUUCUCCUACUGAAUCUUUUAGUCGCCGUUUUUGCCGAUUCGAUUGUUAAAGUUCAAGAAAAUACGGAAUUCUAUUGGCGUUAUCAGCGAUAUUCAUUCGUUCGCGAAUAUUUCGAGCGUUUGCCAUUAUCUUAUCCGCCAUUGAUUUGCAUUUCACAUUUAUUUUUACUCUUCUUAACUGUUCGACGAACAUUUUGCACGAAAUUCUGUCAAAGUCGAGUGAAUCUUGAAAACCAUCAAACGAUGUUAAAGACCAUCACUCCGAUCUUUAAAAUGAUUCCACUGAAAGAUUCGCAGAAUGAACGUUGGGAUUUAUUUGAAAAUGCAGCGACGCAUGUCUAUGCUCGAUCAGUUUUAGAAAAAGAUAAGAAUAAAGAUAGUUUAGCACCUGAUGAUGAUAAACCUAGAAGAGCAAUGAAUACAAUCGAUUUGAGUAUGACAAAAUCGACUGUUGAUCAACAGCAACAAAAUACGAUAGGAGAUAUGAAAGAAGAAAUUUUGGCAACUUUUCAUGCUGCUGUCAGUGAAACACAACGAAAUUUGGAACAAAACCAUUCAAGAAUGGAAAAUCGCUUAGAACAGAUGAGUACAUCAAUUGAACGAUUGAUUAAUAAACUUGAACGAAAAAGACCACACGAAUCAACAAGCUCAAAGUCGACAUUCGAACAAGGAACGAGUAGUAAUGACAGUGCUGUUAUAAUAUUUUUCACCCUAGGCGGUGUUUUCUUUGCGAAGGAGAAUCCCAAAACGAAAUACUAUGCACAGAGCACAUGUCUAGUUCAAAGUAGAGAUUAUAAGACAUAUCAAUGUAGAUCCAGAUAUUCUCGGUACACUUGUUAUGGUCCGACCUGGGAGGUAUUAUAUGACGUUAAUCUAACAGCAUCCGCAGUUGUUGAGACCGAAAACCGAUAUAGGUCAUCAGCAGACGCUCGUCAGAAAGCCCAUGAAUAUCAGAUUGGCUCUUUAUAUUCAUGCUGGUAUGAUACCCGAAAUCCAAGAGUUGCACAAUGGGACAAACCGAGUACUACCGUAGCUAUUAUUCUUCUGGCUAGUGGUGGUUUAUCUGUAUUAUUAUGUAUUCUGUUUCUUUUUCUCGGUGUACGAUUCAUCACACAAGAAAUACGUCAAAAACGAGACAAUACUUACGGUUAA